AACUAGAUUCGAGUUCCCCGUUCCAAGACCCCCAUGCUCCCAAUAUCUCACCUAACCUACCUGUCCCUACGUUGAGUAAUCUGCAAGAUAUCGAGAGGCAGAUACGAGGCGUCAUACGAGCUGGCCCUAUUCGAGAGCGAGUGGCGGAAAACGACUUGAUACGAAAGUUGAUUGCCUUGAUGAGCGAUGCGGAGGAUCUGCAAAGUAUAGAGGAUCUGCAGGCGAUUUGCACUCUCAUGCAGGCUAUACUGCUUCUGAACAAUCAGGCAAUCUACGAGUAUAUUCUAAGGGACGAUAUCUUUAUUGAUAUGGUCGGCCUCAUGGAAUGUAAGCUGGGCGUGCUAAAUUACGUGAAACCGCCUAACCCUUGCAUAGAUGAUCCGGAAUUCCCUCGUCUCAAGGCUCACUAUCGCGAGUUUCUACGAGAAAACACCAAGCACCAUCAAGUUGUAGAGAUCCGUGAUACAUCUAUACGAAUGAAAGUUCACCAAACAUAUCGACUGCAGUACCUCAAAGACGUGGUUCUCGCCCGGGUGUUGGACGAUCCCAUCUUCAACGUGUUGAACAGUCUGAUCAUCUUCAAUCAGAUUGACAUUGUCAACUACAUUCAGAAUGAAGAAUACUUUCUCAAAGAAGUAUUCUCCAUCUUUUUACGGCCGUCUGAAGGUGCCGAUAGUCAACGGCUACGGAUAGAAGGCACUCCUGCAGAUGGAGACCAGCAAGUGGAGGAACAGGCUACCCAAGACGUUUCUGUGACAGAAGGAAACGAAAUGGUUGGUCAAAAUCUUACCUCUGGGUCGUUGGAAGACAGGCGACCGGCUGCACUCUUGCUCCUUCAUCAGUUUUGCAGCAUGGGCAAGAGCGUCCAGCUACCUAUGCGCCUAAACCUGUUCCGUGCGCUCGUAGAUCGUGGUAUCCUAUACCCAGUUCAAUGGGCCCUAGGACAGGGGGAUAUCAAGGUCCUCAACACCGCAGGCGAGAUACUGGCCAUGGUGCUCGAUCACGAUGCGGGCGGUGUCCGGGGGCAUAUUCUUCGUCAAGUAGAGGAUCAUACAAAGCAGGAUACGACGAUGAAUGGAACUACAGGGACGAGUGUGGCUGGUGAACAGGCAGAUUCGACACCGCACACACUGUUGGCCAUGAUGUCCUCGCUUCUGACGAGCAGUCGACAUGAAAUGUCUUUGAAGAGUCAGCUAGCAGAAUCAUUCAGGACAUUGAUGGACGUCCCCGGUAUUGACAAUGCUAUGUUGCAACCUCCCAACCUUCGAAAGGAAGAUCAACAGUCAGAUCGCUUCCUCGACUACUUUUAUAAAGUUUGUGCAGCAGACUUGUAUAAACCAAUCUUAGAGAAUGUGCCGGAGCACAAGCACAUGACUUCGACUACACUGGAGCUCACGAGGGCCCAGUCCGACCUGUAUCUAUAUUUGUGUGACUUGCUUUGUGGAUUCAUGUUACAGCACUCGUAUCAAAGUCAUUUCUUUGUUCUGGGUAAAAACGUCGCUGCACGGAUUGCUAGCCUACUAUACGCGAGGGAGAAACAUUUAAGACUAGCGGCAUUACGUUUCUUCCGAACGUGUCUACGGCUAAACAACCGAAAUGUGUACGCUCACAUGAUCAAGCAUGACGUAUUCCUACCCAUUCUCGAAUUGACAAGACGAGAGUCCAUCCGAGAUAAUCUUCUCAGCUCGUGUUGUCAAGAGUUCUUUGAGCACAUUCGAAGGGAAAACAUCAAAGACGUCAUUGACCAUGCCAUGAAAGUACAUGGCUCACGAGUCCGGCAGCUAGCAGAUUCGCAUGUCGUUGGUCAAAGAUUCUUGGGUUUGAUCAACAGAUGGGAUGCCAACAACGAACCACCGCCCAAACCAGAGCCAAAACCCACAGCGAUUGCACCCAAACGGUGGGGUGCUGCGCGAGCCGUCGACGCAGAGGAAGACUACUUUAAUGCAGAAGAAGAAGAGACACCUGCGACAGAACCCACUGUUGGACGCCAGACUAGAGGUCAGAUGCGUAGACGUGGUGCUAUUGCCGGUCCCAGUACAGGUACUGGACCCACUGGGCCUAAUAAUGCUCCGCCAAGUGGCAGGAGACAGCGUCCGACCAGUGUUGCCCUACCGAAAGCGUAUCCUAUAGGUUCAAGUACCUCGCUAGUAGACUACCCAGAGGAAGACGAGACCGAAGCUCUACCACCUUCUGAGGCUGGUUCUGAUCCUGUUCAACCAACUGGUAAACAAGAAACCAAGGGGCCCGUACAGGAUGGAACACGAUUACGAGGGAGAAAUAGACGCCCCGAAUUGACAAGAAAUGCCUCUGUACCAAACCUGGAUCCGAACGGCGUUGGGUCACAGGCAACACCCAAAGAACAGACUGGAAGACGGACACAGUCCCCAGCAUUGACCCCGACCUCGCCUUCUCCAUCGGCAUCCUCAUCCACAUCUUCAGAAAUGAAUACCACCCAACCCGGUAUAGGAGUUGGCAUAACUGGCAUAGGACUCGGUGUAGGCGCUGGUAUGGCCAUGGAUGAAGACGAAGAUCUAAUUGGCCCGCCUGUUCCCCUAAGCCUGAGCCACAAGAGACGAAGAGAAACAGAAGAAGAGGAUGAGACGAUGGAACGAUUGGCAAAGAGGCCCUUCCUUGGGGAGCAACCAGCCCCUACUGCUGGUGCCAAUGCUAGCAAAGCUGCAAUGCAAGAGGACAGCGCAGGUGCCGCUGCUCCCACAGUUGCAGCUCCCACAUCAACUCCGACAGAGACGCCCAAGCCAAUUGGAAAGCGACAACUCAGAGUAAAGUUGGGCGCCAACGUACAGAACCAACCACCUGACGUCAAAGUUGGCGACAAGGGCUAA